AUACAUGGUACAAGACCUCGCUCCGGCCCCUUUCUCUUCGGGUCAAAUCGUCGCCAUUCCUCUCCUUCUGUCCAGCUACAUGAUCCGCUGAUGCAGGCGAGCUAUAGGCUUCUCCCUUUGCAGAUGUUGACAAUUCAUAGCAUUUGCAGAUAUUGACAAUUCAUACAAGUAUCUCUGAUGUGUUUCCGUCUCUAUAUAUAGUCUACUUCAGAACAAAAAUGGCCUUUCGGCCACUCGAGGUGUGGAACCGUUGGGCCAUCCAGAUCCUGCUGCUGCUGAGCCUCGGCAUGCACGUCCUCCUCCUACCCCUCGCCGGAAUCCGUCGACGUCGAGCCCCUAUGCUGCUUCGGGUUCCUCUGUGGCUGGCGUACCACCUGGCCGACACCGUCGGGAUCUACGCGAUCGGGCUCCUGUCCCUGAGCAGCGCGGUGCGCGACCACCGGCUGAUGCCGUUCUGGGCGCCCUUCCUCCUCCUGCACCGCGGCGGCCCGGACAGCAUCGGCGCCUACGCGUUCCACGACAACCAGCUCUGGCUGCGCCACCUGCAGGUCUUCGUCGUCAAGGUGCUAGCGGUCACCUACGUCCUCUACAUACAUCUCCCGAGGCCGCCGGCCGCUAGAGGCGACACCUUCCUUGUUCUGGCCGCCCUCCUGAUGUGGGCCGUCGGCGUCGCCAAGUACGGGGAGAAGGUGGCGGCGAUCAGGGGCGGCAACAAGAGCAGCAUCCGUAGCUCUCUCACGAAGGAACCGCCCGCCGCCAGGCACCACCACAUCCACCACUGGGACCACGGCCUGCCGAGCAAGGACGCCGCCGUCGACGAGGAAGAAGCUUACCUGCGCCAGGCACAUCACAUGUUCCACAUCUCCAAGCGCGCCGCCGUGGAUUCCUGGCUGGAGAAAGACCCCGAGCACAACACCCUGGAGAUGCUCAGGGCGCUCAGGAAGCAGGACGGCAGGGGCAUGUGGGCGUUCGCGGAGCUGCAGCUCUCCCUGCUGUACGACGUCCUCUACACCAAGGCCGCCGUGAUCCACACCUGGCCGGGCUACCUUGUCCGUCUCGCCUCGUCUCUCGCCGUCGCCGCCUCGUUCCUUCUGUUCCGUUUCAGCGACGGCGGCCGUCGAUACGAGGUCGACGUGGUCGUCACCUACGUCUUGCUGGUCGGGGCGUUCGGGAUGGAGAUGGUGUCGGUGCUGAACGCGCUGGGCUCCUCGUGGGCGUACGCGUUCCUGUGCACCACGCGGUGGAGCUGGCUCCGGUACGCGGCUCUGUGCACCGGAAGAUGGGACCGCCUUCGUCAGCUUGUCAAGACAAUACAGGGAAGAUCUGGCAGCAUUAGGAGGUGGUCUGGCGAGAUGGGGCAGUACAGCAUGUUGCACUUCUGCAGCCGUCACACAAGGGCUCACAGACCCCUUGCAGGUAGGAUGGCCAUGGCGCUGGGAUUCGAGGACUGGUGGAACCGGAAGCAUUACUCGGCCACAACUCACAUCUCUGACGACCUGAGGCAGGGGCUGUUCCGGUACGUGCAGAGGCUGACCGAGACGGGUCUCAACUCGCAGGGCGUGAUCAGGAAGAGCUGGGGUCAGGAGGCGCUUGAAAGAGAGGACAAGGAUUUGUACGAACGCAUCAAGCGAGACAGGAACCUCGGCGUGGAGUUCCAGGAGGGCGUCAUCAUCUGGCACAUCGGCACAGACAUCUUCCUCGCCAGAAGCAGCUUAGAGGCAGGAGAUCUGCUGCUGGUGAAGUCGAUCAGGACCCUGUCCAACUACAUGAUGUUCCUCCUUGUGAACCACCCAAACAUGCUGCCAGGCCUUGCCCAGAGCAUGGUGUACCGGAGAACCUGCGACAACCUAGCCGACAGGUGCAGGGAUCAUCAGCAAGGACAUCGGAUUAGCAGAGAUCUCGGCACGGUGCUCAGGCAAAUGUUCAGCCUGCAGGAUGGCCCUGCUAGUGUCACUGGACAACCGAGCCAUGUCUAUGAGCUUGCCAGCAACGUGUAUGAGGAAAAGCCCAAAUACAGCCAGAGUGUCCCUCGCCUCUGCUACGCCCAUGGAGUCGCCGUAGAGCUGCUUGCCAGAGUGAAGGAGAAAGGCGUCGAGGCCGUCUUGAGAUUGGUCCUUGACGUGUGGAUGGAUUUCGUGGUGUAUGCGGCCAAUCGGUGCAGCAGGGAGUCCCACGCCAAGAAGCUCGGCAGUGGCGGCGAGUUGACUAGCGUUGUCUGGAUUAUGACAGACUUCCUCAAUCAAGAAGCUUAUGCACGACGCAAAGAUUGACUCCUCGAUUCGGCCAGACAGCUAGUGUGUGCACUGCAGUGUGUAUUAGAGAAAGGUUAAUAAUAUAGGGCGUAUUUGGCAUGACUGUCAGACUACUCUAAAAUUUUGGGUGGAGCAUAUCUGCUCUAGAGUGGACUCUGUUUGAGAUAGCUCCAGCUUUAAAAAAAUUGAUGGAUUUAGUGGAGCAGGUCAUUAGACGUUCCAGAAAAUUGUGGAGCUGGAAGCCUUUAGAAUAUAUUUAGAUAAGUCAUUUCGUUUAUUAUUUAGAUUAAAAAUAUUUUUUUAAAACUA